AUGCUGGUCAUUAGAUUCCGAGAACUUAUUAGUCUUAAAACUGUAGAGCAAGUGAUUAAACAUCAAAAAAUGGUCAACUUCACCUUCGGGAACACAUUCUCUCUCAUGGGGUUCUCUGAUAUCCAGGAGAUCCAGAUCUUACAUGCUGUACUCUUUCUGCUGAUCUACAUGACAGCCCUCCUGGGGAACCCGCUCAUCAUCAUACUCACCACCGAGGACCCUAGGCUACACACCCCGAUGUACUUCUUCCUCAAGAACUUGUCCUUUCUGGAUCUCUGCCUCAUUUCCAUCACUGCCCCCAAAGCCAUCACGAACUCUCUGACGAGCAACACCAUUUCAUUUCUGGAAUGCAUGUCACAGGUGUUUUUCUUCUUCCUCUCAGCCACUACAGAAGUAGCGCUACUCACGGUCAUGUCCUAUGACCACUACAUGGCCAUCUGCCACCUGCUCAGAUACGACAUCAUCAUGAACCAUGGAGCCUGUGUGCAGAUGGCCGCCUCUUCAUGGGCCAGUGGGGGUCUCAAUGCAAUUCUGCACACAGCUGCCACCUUUUCCAUAGCCAUGUGUGGGUCUCCUGAAGUUCAUCAGUUCUUCUGUGAUGUCCCACAGCUGCUCUCUCUUGCCUGCUCUUAUAACACUGGGGAACUGGUAGUCAUUGGACUCAGCCUAGUGUUAGAUUUUUCUUUAUUGAUAUUUCUUAAAUCCACAUCUUCUCCACUGUGCUGA